UCACACUUACUGCGCUGAAAACGCUGAACUGCAAUGCCCUCCUCCACCGUUGUCUUUCUCCACAUUGACUCUCGGCAGCUCGUUCCACGGUUGCUGGGGCAACCGAGGAGGAUGGGGCCCAGCGUGGCAGGGCGAAGCCUUGGGCUGCGUUGUGUCCGGCCCCCGUGUUGCCUGACUGCUGACCUGGGGCUGGAGCUAGGCGGGGGGAGGAGCCAGCACUGCAGAUGGGCUUCCACAGGCCCUGCAUGGGCCCUGCCAUCCAGCUGCAACAAAAGUCCCCCUAAUGUUAAAGCUAGCGCUAGCGUCACAGCUGCGCCUCUCUGCCUCUGCCGGCUGUUCUGCAGCUCUGCCUCACUCUGCUUCGGCCGUCACAGGAGCACAGGCAGCAAGAUGUCAUCCUCCUCCAGCGAGGGCCAAGGGAAGCCCAAAUCCCCACUGCGCAAGAGGGGGAGUCUGCAGAGCACCACCAGCCCUGAUCUGCGUGGUGUAGCAGGGCAGGCCAAGCCCCUGAAUCCUCAGCGCUCCCUCCCUGGGACGCCCGUCACUCACACACUCAAACACUUCCCCAUCAACCUGCGUACAUCCAUGGACGGAAAGUACAAGGAGAUCGCCGAGGAGCUGUUCACUCGUAGCCUGACGGAGAGUGAGAUGCGCACCGCUCCUUAUGAGUUCCCUGAGGACAGCCCCAUCGAGCAGCUGGAGGAGAGACGCCAACGCCUGGAGAGGCAGAUCAGCCAGGACAUCAAGCUUGAGCCAGAGAUCCUGCUCCGCAUCAAACAGGAGUUCAUGAAAAUUGACAGCUCUGCCGACCUAGAGUUUAUGAAUGAGCUGGGAGGUGUGGACAGGACGGAUGAUGGCUGGAUGAAGGAGAGAGUAUUACCGAUGGAGCGAGAGUACCAGCGUGUCUCAAUAUCAGGGGAGGAGAAGUGUGGGGUGCCCUUCACAGACCUGGUGGAUGCAGCUAAGUGUGUGGUGAAGGCCCUGUUCAUCAGGGAGAAGUACAUCGCUCUGUCCAUUCAGAACUUCUGUAAGACCACUGCCCACGAGCUGGGAGAGCUGGGAGAGAAACCCCUGGACCUACGCAUCUAUGAGGAGAUCCCUGAGACCCCCGUUGAUGCAGAUGCUCCAGUCCACCCCCCUGUCUCAGAGACUCACCCCUAUGAAAACCAGGACACCAAGAACAUGCCUGCAGACACAGGGUACAGCUGUAAGAUGGUGGAUGGGGUCAUGCAUGUCUACACCAAGAAGAGCCCCAUGGAGAAGAGUACAGAGUUGGACCUUCCUUACCCAGACCUGAAGGAGUACAUCGCUGACAUGAAUGUCAUGAUGGCUCUCAUCAUUAACGGACCAGUAAAGUCGUUCUGCUACCGCCGGCUGCAAUACCUGAGCUCUAAGUUCCAGAUGCACAUCCUGCUGAACGAGAUGAAGGAGCUGGCAGCCCAGAAGAAGGUUCCUCACCGCGACUUCUACAACAUCCGCAAGGUGGACACCCACAUCCAUGCCUCGUCUUGUAUGAACCAGAAGCACCUGCUGCGCUUUAUCAAGCGGGCCAUGAAGAAGUACCCUGGGGAGAUAGUCCACAUGGAGCACGGGCGGGGACAGACCCUCAUGGAGGUGUUUGAGAGCAUGAACCUGACCGCCUUUGACCUGAGUGUGGACACACUGGACAUGCACGCGGACCGCAACACGUUCCAUCGCUUCGACAAGUUCAAUGCCAAAUACAACCCCAUCGGAGAAUCCAUCCUGAGAGAGAUCUUCAUCAAGACAGACAACCACAUCGAGGGCAAAUACUUUGGCCACAUGAUCAAGGAGGUGAUGGCUGACCUAGAAGAGAGUAAGUACCAGAAUGUGGAGCUGCGUCUGUCCAUCUACGGCCGCUCCCGGGACGAGUGGGACAAGCUGGCCCAGUGGGCCGUCAAACACCAAGUCUACUCUGACAACGUGCGCUGGCUCAUCCAAGUGCCCCGCCUUUUUGAUGUGUACCGCACCAAGAAGCAGCUGGCUAACUUCCAGGAGAUGAUGGAGAACAUCUUCAUGCCUCUGUUUGAGGUCACCAUUAACCCCCGCAGCCACCCUGAGCUGCACCUCUUCCUCCAGCACGUGGUGGGCUUUGACAGUGUGGAUGACGAGUCCAAGCCGGAGCACCACAUCUUCAACAUGGACAGCCCCCUGCCAGCCGACUGGACAGAGGAGGACAACCCUCCCUACUCCUACUACCUCUACUACACCUACGCCAACAUGGCCGUGCUCAACCACCUGCGCAGGAGGCGUGGCUUCCACACGUUUGUGCUGCGCCCUCACUGCGGGGAGGCGGGGCCUGUCCACCACCUGGUGUCGGGUUUCAUGCUUUCAGAGAACAUCUCCCACGGGCUGCUACUCAGGAAGGCACCAGUGCUGCAGUACCUGUACUACCUGGCUCAGAUUGGCAUUGCCAUGUCCCCCCUGAGCAACAACAGCCUGUUCCUCAGCUACCACCGCAACCCCCUGCCUGAGUAUCUGUCCAGAGGCCUCAUGGUCUCUCUGUCCACUGACGACCCCCUACAGUUCCACUUCACCAAGGAGCCCCUGAUGGAGGAGUACAGCAUCGCCACACAGGUGUGGAAGCUCAGCUCCUGUGACAUGUGUGAGCUGGCCAGGAACAGCGUCCUUAUGAGCGGCUUCUCCCACAAGGCAAAGAGCUACUGGCUUGGGCCAAAAUACAGCAAAGAGGGCCCGGAGAGCAACGACAUCCGUCGCACCAACGUCCCGGACAUCCGCGUGGCAUACCGCAGUGAGACCCUGCUGGAGGAGCUCAACCUCAUCACCCACGCUGUGCGCACCAAGGAGCUGGACAACAUCGACGAGGAGGACACCCUGUCCAUGGCUCCCGUCGGGGCAGAAGGACGCUAAAUCAACAACUCCUCUCUAUUGCUCCCUGGAUAGGUUUUAUUUCAUAUUGGAGGAGAUUUUCUGAUCUUCGAUCUAUUCCUGGGUCACUUCCUCUGUCACAUUUAUCUCCUGACCCUCCAUACAUUCACACCCCAAAUGAUUUCCUUUGCUUUGUCAUGUGACCCUGCAUGGGAAGGAAGAUCUCACAGUUUAGCCUGUGAUUUAAUGACAUGUUUGUACCCAUCACUGAUAUAUAACACACACACACACACACUUAUUGCACUGUUUUCCUGUCCUAAAAGCUGCUCAUCUUCCAUCACACAGUCAUGCUGCUUUAACCUUAACAUCUAGUGUAAUAUUAACACCUAGUGUAAUAUUAACGCCUAGUGUAAUAUUAACAUCUAGUGUAAUAUUAACACCUAGUAUAAUAUUAACUAUUCACAUCUAGUGUAAUAUUAACAUCUAGUGUAAUAUUUUCAUAAUGGUUCUAACUUUUGAAAUAGGAAAGCAGAUGCAACUUAACAGCAAUAUUAUGAGUGUAUUAUCCAUGGGUCAUCUUACCUCACUACACAAUGCAUAGGCUCCUGCUUGCUUUUUAGUUCAGAGCUGAUUUAGAUCACAGAGACUAGCUGAGAGGACUCCUUUAGUUCAUCAAUUCACUACAUUGUUCCAACAACACCUGUUCCGCACUGAUAGGAACAGUCGCAUGUAACUUAGAGAUGCAUGGAAACCAUGGUAACACUUUUCUAAAGUACGGACGUACUGAGUUUAAAAAACAAACAAAGGACCAAAUCUGCGUGGUCUCGUGCACAAUUCCAGUUUGUGUGUGCUGCUGGGUAUCUGCUGGCUUUCAUCUGUCUCUGGCUUCAGGAAGUUUCUAGUGCUUUAUUAGCUAAAGGAGUCCUCUCAGCUAGUCUCCGUGAUCUAAAUCAGCUCUGAACUAAAAAGCAAGCAGGACAUCCAGCAGAGACACUGCAGCAGCCCUCAGGACAUGGAGCUGUGGGCCUGACUGUGGUCUACUGCAAACAUUCCAUUCCAUUAACAUUAAGAUAGAUGUUAUUUUUAGCUGCAGAAGAAAAGAAAAAUCACAUUAGUUAUAGAAUAUGCAGCCAAAAAGAGUAGAUGAAUACUAUUCCAGUACAGAUGCAUGAUGUGUACAGGGUAUAUAUAUAUAUCUAAAGGAUAUAUCUGUCUGUGGUUGAGUGGAUGCUGAGAGAUGUGAAUGAUAGAGCCAAUCAACCACAACUUAUUUUCCAAGCACAAGUCAAGAAGAAUGAAUACACCAUCGUCCAAGCCAGGGGGGCUCCCAGGGGGGCUCCCAUGCCCCCCUACCAUUACCUCAACAGUCACCAUGUUCUUGGAUAUGGACCCUCCAAACCCCAUUGUGUGUGUAUGUCCCACUCCCACCCCUCACCCACCCCUUGGUCCUCUAAAGAGACCAGGACAGACCCCAGGGACUGGCCUCUGGACCCACUAUGUUGGUCAUUAGUUCAUUGUAUGCAGUGCCCUGUAUGCUCCAUACCAGACUUACCAGUGCCUUUUGAUUUGAACUUUAGGCACUAGGUAGCCUGUCACAGUCUAAGCUGUUCUCAUGCUCUACUGCAACGCCUCAGUCCUCAUCACCAACAACAACCGCAGCAUCUGUUCUCUUCAUGCAUUAGCAUUUUUGCUGAACUAACAUCAAGAUGAUGCCAUUGGGACUGAAACCAUGCUGCAUGUUGAAGUACCUUCUCCCUUACCUACCCAGACCUUCCAGUGAAGUGGAAGAAGCCGUUUUACCAAUGCUCUGCUUUGGCAGCAUUUCCACCGUGCAUCUUAUGUUGUGCAUGCCUGCAUGGAGCCCUGCAACAGGAGUAACUGAGAAGCUGUUUAAAGUGAGAUGUAACGUGAAAAAGCAACACAUGAGAAUCUAAGUAAGCUGAACGACUGUCAUGUAUGAAGUAUGUGUGCAGUCAAUGAUUGUUGUUAGUUUGAGUUCUGCAAAACAAACUCAUUCAGCUUGUCAUCCCUAUGGCAAUGCGCAAACUGUGCAGGGACACGUUUGCGUGGUUGUCAUCGGGAACAAAUGAGCUCAUCCCCACCACCAUGGUUGUCAUGGUCACCAAAACAAGUACACACCUAUCCCCAUUAUCUUGCCCAAAGACAAAGAGCCUCUUCUAUUCCCGAUUCAAACUGUGGGCUUUCAUCUUGGAUAUUAUUAUAACUGUUCUAAUUGUGCACUCCUAUUAGAUGCCAAGACUGUUCCAGUGGAUUAAGUGGGCCCUAGUUGUAAAUGUUCACCAUGCAUUCCAUAUCAUAUCUACCAGGCCAUUUUAAAAACUUAAGAUCGAAUUGUGAUAUAUACAGUAAGGCCUAGAUUCAAGCAGAUCAAGUGUUAACUGGCGAUAGCCGACACCCGCAUAGCUGAUGUUUUGGUUGUCGGGGGUGGAACUGCGUUGGAGCUGUCAAACCGGUGAGCAGCUGCUCUUUAUCAUUGUCACGAAGCCACACUCGUCCCACUCGCGUUAGAAGUUCAGAACGAGAAAGUGUAGUCUAUAUAGAAGUAAUGACACACAAAUAGAAAAUUGUGAAUGAAAUAAUGAUUUCUAUCAGCCUAAUCAAGGUGUAGAUUACAUCUCACGUUCCAGUGUUCUAACUUAUAAACAAGGCUACAUGGGAUUUCUCUUAAUGCGACUCCGUGCAGCCAAUGGCAAUGUCCGCUUUAGCAAUAAUGCCAAGAGCCGCUUGUGGAUUUUACAGCUCAAACGCAGCUCCGACACCGGUCAAACAACAGCUAUGCGGAUGUUGGCUAAAGCGGAUCUGAUUGAAUAGACCCUAAAUGUUUGAGAAACCAGAUAAUUUAGGAGAAAUUGUAUGCAUGAAUCUCAAACCUGGGAGGCUGAUCUGUAGCUCCUCAACAGUGAGGUGUUUCACUGUGAAGGGGUGGCAUGUGUUGGACAUAGGGUGAGCCUCUGAGUUGAAUUUAAUAUAUAAAGUGUAUUUUUUUAAAGGCUAUAGAGAUAAACAGUUUAUAUAAAGAGUAUAUCAAUAUUUAGAUUGCAAACUUUGCUUCGUUGCUGUAGAUCAUUAUAAACUGUGGUUAUUAAAGCGGAAAGAUUUAUUUUGUUAUCAUAAUUAUUGACCUUGACAGAAUUUUACAAUUGGACUUUUAUUCCUAAGUGACUUACAUUUUACAUAUGGGUGGUCACAGGAAUCAGACCCACUACCCUGCCCUUACAAGCCCCAUUCUCUACCAACUGAGCUACAAAGAACCAUGUAUAUUAUUUUGUUAUUUGAUAUUUUCAUUGUUUGUUUUUCUGGUUAAUUGUUGUGUUAGGACUUGAACUCGGUUUAAUUUAGCAUGUAGCUCUCUCUCAAUCGAGUAUCGAGUGAAGGUGAUCAAGUUAACCAGGGUAAUUUGGAAGGGUCUUCAGAAAUGGUAGUACCGAGAGCCAUAUGGGGCGGCAGUGUAGCCUGGUGGUUAGAGUGUUGGACUAGUAACCAAAAGGUUGCAAGAUCAAAUCCCUGAGCUGACAAGGUACAAGUCUGUUGUUCUGCCCCUGAACAAGGCAGUUAACCCACUGUUCCUAGGCCGUUGUUGUAAAUAAGAAUUUGUUCUUAACUGACUUGCCUAGUUAAAUAAAGGAAAAAUAAAUAGUGGGUAUCCAUCCCUGCCAUUUAACUCAACCAGAGCUGCCUAUGUAAUCUGGCAUUCCCAACAAAACACCCACUCAGACAUUGUAAUGCUUCCCACAAACAUACGGCCAUAGACUGGACUGCUGUUACUCUUUGAUCCAAACAAGGCUUUUAAAACAGCAACAACCAUUUGAUUUGAUUCUUUAAAAUAGUAUUUUUCAGGGAAUUAGAGGAUAAUUUAAGGGUUUAUGUCACCGUAUGUGGAGUAGCAUGUGUGUAAUUGUUGAUAAAGGAUCAGUCAUCCAUUUUCAGGUCCAGGUAUGGCUCACUUAGGGACUCAACGACACAGUUUCCAGUUCAGUUGACCUUACCUUUUCAUUUCCAUCCAUCCAUUUCAGAUUGUCCAUCAGAGUUCACAUAUCUGUUCUUUCAAACCUCACCAUUUCCUGUCGUUGGUCUCAGUCUGUACAAUCAGUUUAAUUCCUUUGUUUGUUUGUAAAAUACAAUGCUAGGGAACCUAUUGGUUGUACUGUAGCGUGCCAUAACUCAGAGACCAUACGUUGUAUUCUCAAACUUCACUAAAGACAGACAUAUGUAAUUCUGUCCCAAUCGAAAGAGCACACAAAGUUCAACGCCGUUUUGAGUCCAAAAUGCUGUUCUCUUGCAACGGGUUUCAGUAGUGCAAAGAGUCUUGGGUAAUAGUAAUAGACACUGUGUUGUCAUCACAGAACACAAACCAGUUAAUCAGUCAAAUCAUCACACUGGGAGUUUAGUUCUUUGUUCAAUCGAUUUUCUCAUUGAAGAAUUGCCUUGUAUUCUUUUCGCUUCAUAAUGUUGAAUUCAAACAAUUCGAUUUUUACUUGUGAUUAUUUUGUGCUCAAUUCAUGUUUUCUUUAUUAGACAUUUUCAUGUUUUUACAUGAAAGGUUCUCUGCAUGUUUUUUAUAUUAUUGACAUGGUUUUCAUUUGUCUUUUUAAUUUGUUGGAUUUAGGGCUCUGUUCAAUCUGUAUUGCUGAAGCGUUACAGAUUGCUAUCGCACAAUGUAAAGGUAAUUUCCGAUUGAGCUGACAUAUGCAGUGUUUACUGUGAAUGCAGUCUCCGCUAACGCAGGAACAUUACCUUUACAUUUCAAUCACACUGUAACGCUGAACUUUUGCGACUUGGAUUGAAUAGAGCCCUUAGUGUAGUGUAGUCACUAUCAUGGCUUUAAAUGAAUGCCAAUGUUUUACAGACUCUAUGGUAUAAUGUCUGAUGAUUGAAAUAAAGCAUGUUUAUUCAUCUAA